CUUGGUCAAGCUAGGAAGUAUUACGGGGAAUUUCCCUUGGUAUUUUCUACAUCGGGGUCUGCCUUCGAUUUAAAACGAAGUGAUUGUUACUGUAUCCUUUCUUUAUUGAAGAUAAAUACACAUAUUUGGACACGUCAUUAUAAUACACAAGAAGGGAGACAUACCUAGCAUUCGUACCAGGAAAUGAACAUGGAGAAAGAAUUGAACUGCGGGGCAGAAGAAGAUUUGGUCUGUUCAGACUUUGUCAGAUCAUCUGUUUUGACUAGAAGAAUGAAUACAUUAGCUAUUUCCGCGGAUGAUUUGGUAAAUACCAGUGACAAUAACCUGAAUAAACCGUCUUUUAAACGUUUCAUGGGGCAAAACUGCGACGACUGGAUCAAAUAUUUGAUGCAGCAACCAAAAUCUCUUUCAGACAAAAUGCAAUACAGAGACUGCUUGACGAAAGCUCUUACAUUAUUUUGCAAGGAAAUCACAGAAAAUACUGUAAUUGAUUGUUACGAACUAGAUUUUCUUAUAUCCGAAAAUUGCAUCGCCGGAGAUGACAAAACGUACGUAGACACCAAAAGUAUAGGUACAAUGCAGCGAUCUCGGAGGCUUCUUUCUUUGAUGUUAUUACGUGACUACAGAACACUUCUGACAUACUUAACCAGUUUGCUGAUUCAAAAUAAACAUGUUGUUGAAAAGGUUUUACAAGAAUUAGACACUUGUUUGCGAAAUAAUUACAGAAAACCUCAAAAGUGCACAUUGUGCCAUCUUGAAAGUCGGGUUGACUUGUCCCUUAUUGUAGAUGAGCUUCUGUCCUACGAUGAAGAAUGGUUGCCUUUUUACAAUAAAGUUUGCCAGACAGAAUAUGUAGGACCAAGCAAAGAAAUUUGGCGGGAACUUACUGGUAGAGUCGGUGCAGAUGAGACAUUUAGACAGAUACUAGUAUCGAAUAUUGUGUUGAAAGCUUUACAAGCGUGUGGAUUUCAUUCGGACAUUGUUAUUAUGCUGCAAGAAGACAGACAGAUGAAAAGAAAUAGUUUUGUCUGCAGAUGCAGUGAAAUACUUCGUUUUGGGAAUUUAAGAAAAGAUUCUCGGACUUCAUCAUCACCACAAAUUCGGACUACCUCAAGACAAACGUUUCAUGCCGAACAGUUGAAAAGAAUGGACAAGUUACGACAGACAUACAACCAAGAUUAUAAUGCCAAAACAGUGUCUCGAAAGACUGGACAUCAGGAUGAGAAUAUAAAUAAAGAUAACGUAGAAAAACGGACAUCGGAGAAGAAAUUAUUUUAUGAAACGAAAGGCAGAGAAUUGUGUAUAUUGCUAAAAGGAAAUCAAGAUUCAUCGGACAAAGACAAAUUAGUACGAAGGAGAAUGAAGGGUAUCGAUGAGGAAGAAAAAACAGCAGAGUUUACAUCAUCACAUUUUAAUGGUCCUGAUCAUCAAACUGAAUUGUUAAAGUUGUACGCACAUGGACAAGAACACAAGAUGGAGAAAUUGAAAGGGGACGGCUUUUCAGAAGAAAGUGCUCAUUUAGAAGUUCGGACAAGGACCACCUGCACUCCGCCAGUAUCUGGGAUAUCUUCGAUACAAAUGGAUCUGUUGAAAGUUGACAUUUUUCAAAUAGAUGAACAACAGACAGAAUCAGAACAUGAUUGUUCGUUGACUGCACUACAGAUUAGUGAAAGCAGCGACGUUUCUGAAGCUAACAAAAACUCACAAGUAAGUUACCCUAAUAAAAGGCCAAGUUGUGAUUGGUGUCAACACCAGCUUGAUCUGUUCAAGACGAGAUUACCGGAAGUUGAAAAGGACAGAGAGAGUUGUGAACAUCAAAUGACUCUUUUGAAGAUUGGAAUACAUGAAUAUGAAAACGGGGACAACAGGUUUUCUCCGUGUCAAUCAUUAAAAAGUAUUGAAGAAACAUGUAACUCAAUAAAGAGAUCCUUUGAUAAUGCAUCAGCCGCGAAUCAGGAAACCGUAAAAGAAAAACCAACCAUUUGUCAGCAUAGCCAUGACAAAGAGCUAGAGACAGACGGACACAUUUUGAAUUUCUUGAUUGUUUUCACUUUUGUGCUUUGUUUCUUUAAUUAUAUUGUACAGAGCUUCUAUAACUUAUUUUAAGUAUCCAUUCUAAGUACAGAUGUUAAGUAAACAAAUUAAGAAUAAUCACUGACAAAGAAACUGAUUGAAUAUUUCACUUUUUCAUUUUAAUAUCGCUUAAAAAUGGAAACUGUUUCUACAAUAACUCUACAGUGCAUAUUUUAAAGACGAUUUAUGACGAUAAAUCCAAAAUUAGUUGACUUUUAAGGGACAACACGCCCUCAUACGCAGCAGUAUGUAAUAGCAAAUGUAUAUUUAGGCAAGUUAGUGAUAUAAUCAAACAAUGGAUGUGUUAAAAAAAUGUAGUUAUUUAAAAUGUCACGAUCAUGAUUCGUUUAUGCUGCGAUGUGCGAUAUAUCUUGAUCAUGCUUUAAAGGCAUUUCAUCACUUCAUUUUUGACAUUCCAUGAAUUAUCAAAAAAUCAUAUUGAAAGGUGCUCGUCACAUUUAUCUGGGCUUGGCUAAAACUCGAUAUCUUCAGGAAUAAAACACUUAUUCUAGAUAGAGAACAGUUAUGCCAAAUCAUUACACAGUAAUUUUAAUCAAUCUGUGAAGCCUAAAACAAUUUUAAGGUUGAAGUUAUUUUUCGAGAAACCGUUUUUAUACUAUUUUCUUCUUAACCCCCCCCCCCCCCCACCCCCCUACUAGAGGGUCUUCUGGCUUGCCUAUAUUCGUUCGUCGCAAAAAUAGUCAUGUGAUUUCAACGAAGUGCUUAACAUACUUUUGCAGAUAGAUGGUGUUAUGGAAAUACGGUUGCCACUUCAAAUAUUGGAAAGGCAACAAAUAUUUUAAAAGAAAGUUGAUCAAACGAUAACUGUUACAGUACAAGAAAUAUUUACCUGUAAUUUGUUUGUGAAUAAAAAUACAAUACUUACAAUACGCGUGUUAUUCUAUUUUGUUCUAUUAUCCGUCCGUCUAUUCGUCUGUCAGUCACAUAAAUGGAUCCUGCCAUAUUUUCAACGUACAAGGUAUUUUGUCAUAUAGUCUAGAACAUAGUGAAGAUUAUGCACUUCUUAUACAACAGGUUGAUCUUGAGGUAAUGUUAAAAGCACCAGAUAUGUUUUUAUUCUUUAGGUAGUUGGCAAAGUUGAGAAUCCUUUCAUCGAGUUUAAAUAAAAAAAAAUGUUAUUUCUAUGGAAACAAGACAUUAAAAUGUGAUACAGUUUUACCCUACAGUAAGUUUUAAAGUACAUGACAUGGUACGACAGAGAUGCAGAGCAGAAUACACAUGUCAGUUUAGUUUAUUGUUUCGACUGAAACAGUUACUAUGGCAACAAAACUGUAUAUAUAUGGUAUAUUGUGCAUAUUUUCAUAUUACUAAUAGUCCAUUUUUAAGUGCUGACACAUUUGGAAAAUAUGUUGUUAAUUACAUAUUAAAAUUUAAACAAAACCGA